CUGUCUGGUCAGAGCUGAGACGCUCAGCUGUGUGGGCCACGCAGCGCCCCCUGGUGGCAGACAGCGGCGAUGGGGUGGGCGGGAGUCCCGAGUCUGUGGCGGAGGCUGGCGCCGGCCUGGCCCCUAAAUCCUUCAUCACGCGUGCCUGGGUCAUGCGGGCUGCUGGGCUUUGAGCUGUCCCUAAGCUGGCUGAAUCGGUCCCUUUGCAGGACAGCUGUAUGUCUGGGCUCUUCCUUUGCGGGACAGCUGAUCCUGGUUGCGCGUGCUCGUGGGCUAGGUCUCUCUCUGACCUCUGGUCGUGCGUGCCUGUGGGCCUGGCCUCUUUUGCAAGGCUCUGGCUCCUGGCCGCCCCGGGGACAUCUCAAGAGUUUGGACUUCCGGGGUUGGCUCCCAGUCUGCUGCUUGUCAACCGCCAGGGCGUUGCCGUGCCCAUUGCUUGGGCGCGGCCCUUUAAACUUCACUGUUUUUUAUAAACUUCGGGGGUGUGGUCACCCUUGCAUUCUUCAUCCCGUUGCGGUCACCCAGGACCUGCCGGCUCCUUCUCCUGCCCUGCCUUCCAGAUGCUUUGGAGUCAUGAGCUGGGAGGGCACGAGGACCCCUCGGGUGGCCGAGGUGAUCCGAGAUCGCCUUUGUUUUGCCAUUCUCAACAGCAGACCAAAGAGUGCAGCAAACGAACACUAUUUCAACAUAGAUAAUGAACUUGAGUAUGAGAACUUCUACGCGGAUUUUGGACCACUCAAUCUAGCAAUGGUUUACAGAUAUUGUUGCAAGAUAAAUAAGAAGCUCAAGUCCAUUACAAUGCUGAGGAAGAAAAUUAUCCAUUUUACCGGCACUGAUCAGAGAAAACAAGCAAAUGCCGCCUUCCUUGUCGGAUGCUAUAUGGUUAUAUAUUUGGGGAGGACUCCAGAAGACGCAUAUAGAACAUUAAUCUUUGGAGAUACAGCCUAUAUCCCUUUCAGAGAUGCUGCCUACGGAAGCUGCAGUUUCUACAUUACACUUCUUGACUGUUUCCACGCAGUAAAGAAGGCAAUGCUGUAUGGCUUCUUUAAUUUUAACGCAUUUAACCUUGAUGAAUAUGAACACUAUGAGAAAGCAGAAAAUGGAGAUUUCAACUGGAUAAUACCAGAGCGCUUUCUUGCCUUCUGUGGACCUCACUCAAGAUCCAGGCUUGAAAGUGGUUACCACCAGCAUUCCCCUGAGACGUACAUUCCGUACUUUAAGACGCACAACGUAACUACCAUUAUCCGUCUGAAUAAGAGGAUGUAUGAUGCUAAGCGCUUUACGGAUGCCGGUUUCGAUCACCACGAUCUUUUCUUCCCGGAUGGCAGCACCCCUGCUGAGGCAAUUGUCCAAGAAUUUCUGGAUAUUUGUGAAAAUGUUGAGGGUGCCAUUGCAGUGCAUUGCAAAGCUGGUCUUGGUCGAACAGGCACUUUGAUAGGCUGCUACCUCAUGAAGCAUUAUAGGAUGACAGCAGCCGAGUGCAUUGCCUGGCUCAGAAUCUGUAGACCUGGCUCGGUGAUUGGGCCCCAGCAGCAGUUUCUGGCCAUGAAACAGUCAAGCCUCUGGCUGGAAGGCGAUUAUUUCCGUCAAAGGUUGAGAGGGCAGGAGAACGGACCCAUCAGAGAAGCCUUUUCCAAACAGCUUUCGGAUGUUGAUGACAUUUCGAUAAAUGGGCUUGAAAAUCAAGACGGGGAAGAGCCUGAGCCGUACAGUGAUGACGAUGAAAUCAAUGGAGUGACACAAGGAGACAGGCUUCGGGCCCUGAAAAGCCGGAGACAAUCAAAAGCCAACGCCAUACCCCUCACAGUAAUUCUUCAGUCCAGUAUUCAGAGCUGUAAAACCCCUGAACCUAACAUUUCUGGCAGUGCAGGCAUUACUAAACGAACCACCAGAUCUGCUUCGGGGAAAAGCAGUCUUAAAAGUCCAGCCAUUUCAAGGACUAAGACAGUCUUGCGUUAAAGUAAAAAACCGGUGACCAGCACUCCAGGGACGACUAGGAGCAGAGACCCCAACGGGGCUCAGCCAGCCGGUCUGAGACCAAGCAGACACUGCAAUGGCCUUAGUUUCUUUCCACAUGAGAAGUUCAUUCAAUGAAGAUAACGUCACUGGCCUCUCUACCAUGCAUUGGCCAUGGGGUGUGGUUGAACCAUUUGAGGGCCUGACUCUCCCUUUUGCAAUCUCAAGUUGGACAAAAGCUGCUGUUGUGAAUUUAGUCUCAGGUGUCAAUACCCUGCCCUCUGCCACCGAGAGCUGACUGGUGAGUGUGGUACGUGUGUGUCCCUGUGAUGGCAAUCGUGUUCGCUGCUGGCCUUCAGAAGAGUGGAGGAUCUGAUGGAGGCCUCUUAGGUAUUUAUUUUCUGUUCAGCCUGUGACCCCGUCUUGCAGUUUAUGAAGAUGAAAAGAGAGAUGAACAUCCCUCCAGUGGUACCCUCGUCUUAAGAUAUGAUUUGGUACAAUCAGCUUCACUUUACUCUUGUUAAUACUGUUGUGAUGCUCACUGUGUGAAGUACCCAAAGCUGCUUGUCUUUCACCAAAGAGUGCUUUACUAACAAUCUGUGAACACCACAUCUAAACACUCUUGGGUGUUGUUGUGGUUACCUAAAACCUGCCAGAGACUGUUGAUGAGAGCGUUUGAACCCUUUCUCAGU